AUGCCCGUCUACGGCAUCGACUCGCCCUUUCUCCGCUGUCCAACUCGCCUAAACAAGGAAGUCGGCAUCGAGGGUGUCGCAAAGCUCAUCGUCGACGCCCUCGUGACCGCCCAACCCAAGGGCCCUAUGAUGAUCGGCGGAGAAGCCGCCGGCUCAAUCGUCGCCUUCAAAGUCAGUCGCCAGCUCGGCAGACUAGGCCGACAGGUUUCCGGUCUCGUGUUGAUCGACAUGUGCUGCCCGCGCUCGAGUCUUCUCGACGAGGACAAGAUGAACUCCGAAGAUGACGCCAGCUUUGCCAUCUUCGAAAACGCCGCAUCCAAGGACGGCCUCUGGAGCGUGGGAAGCACCACCCAGAACCAUUUCCGCGCGUACCAUGUCGCCAUGCACGCAUAUCACCCGCCCUACAUGACGGAACAAGAACGACCCGCCCACACAGCCGUGAUCUGGGCCGAGAAGGGGAUGGUUAAUCGGGUCGUUGGUAACGAGAAGUUGAUGCGGCUCCUUGCAGACCAGGGCAUCCCGACGACGUCUUAUCCGGGCUAUAUGGAGGAUCCGAAGUUGGGUGCGUUUGCCUGUCUUGUGCCGGACAGGACGGAGGCGGACCUCGGACCCAAUGGUUGGGAGAAGUAUAUUGCUGGAGAGGUUUUUGCACUGUCGGUGAAUGGAGAUCAUCUUGAUCUGCCCAUGCCGGGAUAUGUUCACUUGCUUCAUCAGCAAAUGGAGAAGGCGUUUGUGUAUUUUCAGGGAUAA